CCCGCCGCCCCCGCCAUGUCCGCCUGCUCCCCCGUCCUCCAGCUCGGGCUCCUGCUCCAAGCCGCCUGCCUCUGCCUGGCCCAGAUCCGAGGGCCACCAGGAGAGCCCGGCCCACGGGGCCCCCCCGGUCCCCCAGGAGUGCCGGGAGCGGAUGGCAUCGAUGGUGACAAAGGCUCUGCUGGAGUCCCUGGGUCACCGGGUGUCAAGGGGGAGCCCGGAAUCCCUGGUCCAGACGGGCUCCCAGGGAAGCCAGGCAUCGAUGGCCUGACGGGAGCGAGAGGGGAGCCAGGGCCCACGGGUGGGCCAGGACCUAAAGGCCAGCCUGGACUCCCAGGGCCACCAGGGCUGCCCGGCCCUUCGCUGCCAGGACCACCUGGGCUUCCAGGUCAGGUUGGGCUUCCUGGAGAGAUCGGAGCGCUGGGACCCAAGGGUGACCCUGGACCUGAUGGCCCACGGGGUCCCCCUGGCCCUCCAGGGAAACCUGGCCCCCCUGGACACAUCCAAGGACUGGAAGGCAGCGCUGAUUUCUUGUGUCCCACCAGCUGCCCACCAGGUCCCAAGGGCCCCCAGGGACUGCAGGGGCUGAAGGGACACAGAGGCCGCCCUGGUGCCCUGGGGGAGCCUGGCAGGCAGGGCAGGCAGGGCUCCAAGGGUGACGUUGGAGUCUCUGGAGAACAAGGUGUCCCAGGCCCUCCGGGACCCCAGGGCCUGAGGGGUUAUCCUGGGAUGAUGGGACCCAAGGGUGAGACAGGUCCUGCUGGUUACAAAGGGAUGGUUGGGACCAUCGGAGCAGCUGGGCGGCCGGGCAGAGAAGGACCCAAAGGACCACCUGGGGACCCUGGUGAGAAGGGAGAUCUGGGUGGCCAGGGCAUCAGGGGCCCCCAAGGAGACAUUGGCCCCAAGGGGGAGAAUGGUCUCCCGGGCAUCGAUGGCAAGGAUGGCACCCCAGGGAUCCCAGGCCUGAAGGGCAGUGUGGGGCAGGCUGGCCACCCAGGGCCACCAGGGCACCGGGGACAAGCUGGCUUGCCAGGCCAGCCAGGAAGCAAAGGUGGCCCAGGAGAUAAGGGUGAAGCAGGUGCUCGGGGCCAGCCUGGGGUCACAGGUAGCCCGGGGCAACUUGGUGAACCAGGACCUCGGGGUGAGCAGGGCCCACAGGGUGUCCCCGGGAUGAAGGGUGACCGGGGUGAGCGUGGCCUCGUGGGCCCCCCUGGUGAGCAGGGGAGAGUGGGGCCCAAGGGCGAGCAGGGUCCACCAGGGAUCCCAGGACCCCAAGGUUUGCCAGGAGUCAAAGGAGACAAGGGCUCCCCAGGGAAAACUGGCCCCAAAGGUGGUAUUGGAGACCCGGGUGUUCAUGGCCUUGCAGGGCUGAAGGGAUUGAAGGGGGAAUCGGGUGAGCCGGGGCCAAAGGGACAGCAAGGCAUCCAGGGUGAGCUCGGCUUCCCCGGCCCCUCAGGGGAUGCAGGAGCACCCGGAGUCCGAGGAUACCCGGGCCCCCCUGGCCCACGAGGACUGGUCGGGGAGCGGGGCGUGCCGGGGCUGCCCGGCCAGCGCGGCGUGGCGGGCCGGGAUGCUGGGGACCAGCACAUCAUUGAUGUGGUCAUGAAGAUGCUGCAAGAGCAGCUGGCAGAGGUGGCAGUCAGUGCCAAGAGAGCGGCCCUGGGUGGAGUUGGUGCCAUGGGACCCCCUGGACCCCCUGGUCCCCCAGGGCCACCCGGUGAGCAGGGCCCACAUGGACCUAUGGGACCUCGAGGCGUCCCCGGCAUCCUGGGUGCUGCUGGGCAGAUUGGCAACAUAGGACCUAAAGGAAAGCGAGGCGAGAAGGGUGAGCGGGGAGAAGCUGGCCGUGGCCACCCAGGCAUGCCGGGACCCCCAGGCAUCCCAGGUCUCCCCGGCAUUCCCGGCCAGGCACUCGAUGGCAAAGCUGGGGAGCGGGGUCUGCCGGGCUCCCCGGGACAGGCGGGUCGGCCGGGCCUGCCCGGACCCGUGGGGCUGCCGGGUUUCUGCGACCCCGCUGCCUGCCUGGCCGCCUCUGCCUACGCGGCCGCGCGCCUGGCGGAGCCGGGGGCCGUCAAGGGACCCGUCUACUGAGGGGGCCCCGGCCCCAGCCAGCAAACCCACCAAAGAGACCAGAAAACUGCAAAUCCGGACGGGAGCGACCUCUGCCCAACCCGGCCGCUGGGAUCGGGGAGACGCCGGUGGGGGAACAGCCUCGGGAGCUGACGUUUGGUGCAGGCAUCACCCUCCUUCCCACAGCCCCGGGGGGUGGUGGAGGGUAAAGAGAGGUCACCCCAAGGCCUGUCCUCGUUAGCGGGGCUCGUUACCUGCUCCUUCUGCCCGUCCUCCCCUCCUUGUGCCCCUUCCCAAAGAAAUAAAUUGACUUUUAUACAAACUCUCUUACUCUGGUAUGUCCUGCUUGGUGCUGGAUCAUUUUAUGGUCCAUUUCUUUUUUGUCCUUUUUUUUUUUUUUUUAAAUAAAAACCAAAAAUUGUGGUUUGAUUAUUUAAGAGACUUGCCAGUUCCAGCCUUUUUUUUUUUUUCCCCCCACUGCUGGGCACUCACAGAACUGUAAAUCUUUGUAAAAUAGGAUUAUUUUAUAACUAUGAAUGGAAAAACCACAAACUUUUAAACAGAAAAUGGACAAUAAA